UAUUAUUUGGUCGUUUUCGCCCUUAUUUUUUGGUGUUUUAGAGGUUUUCCAUCACGCGUGGUUUUGUCCCAAAGAGCACCUUUUUAUCGCUUAACAGAAAAACAGGAAGUAGGCCGAGUUAUGUGGACAGGAGGCGGCUAAGCUAGUUGUCAACUAAAGUUCAGAAGGAGUUUAUGGAUCGGUUAUUUAACAGCAGAUAGGUGACAGUUAUCAAACAGUAUCGACCGAUAUGAGCGGCAACAAAGAAGUCAGUUUUGAUCCAAAAGAGCACCAGCACCUGCGUUAUAACCCUCUGCGGGACACCUGGGUGCUGGUAUCGGCCCACCGCAUGAAGCGACCCUGGGCAGGUCAGGUGGAAAAACCUCCUGAGGAACACAUACCCAGAUAUGACCCCCGCAACCCACUCUGUCCUGGGAACACACGUGCAAAUGGAAAGGUUAAUUCAGACUAUGACAGCACUUUUCUUUUUGAUAAUGACUUCCCCGCUCUUCAGCCCGAUGCUCCAGAUCCUGGUUCAGAUCAGCAUCCAUUGUUCCAGUCUAAAGCUGCCAGGGGCGUCUGUAAGGUCAUGUGUUUCCACCCCUGGUCUGACAUCACCCUCCCUCUCAUGAAAAAGCAAGAAGUUGUCGAGGUGAUUGACAAGUGGGCGGAGCUUGUUGAAGAACUGGGCGCCACAUACCCCUGGGUUCAGAUUUUCGAGAACAAAGGAGCCAUGAUGGGCUGUUCAAAUCCACAUCCUCACUGUCAGGUGUGGGCCAGCAACUUCCUGCCUAAUGAGCCGGCUCUGUCAGAUCGCUGUCAGAGAGCCUACUAUCAGAAAUAUGGAGAACCGUUGCUGCUGCAAUACGCCAGACAAGAGGCUGAGAAAAAGGAACGUGUGGUGGUGGAGAGUUCUGAUUGGCUGGCGGUGGUUCCAUAUUGGGCGACGUGGCCCUACCAGACGCUGUUGUUACCACGACGACAUGUCCUCAGGCUCACUGACCUGACAGCGGAGGAGAGGGAUGGUCUGGCCGACAUCAUGAAGCGACUGCUGACCAAGUACGACAAUCUGUUUGAGAUCUCUUUCCCGUACUCCAUGGGCUGGCACGGAGCUCCGACUGGCCCCCAUUUAAAGAAAGACAACUCUCACUGGCAGCUGCACGCUCACUACUACCCUCCUCUGCUGCGCUCAGCUACAGUUAAGAAGUUCAUGGUGGGGUAUGAGAUGCUGGCCCUGGAGCAGAGAGACCUCACCCCCGAACAGGCAGCUGAGAAGCUGAGGAACCUUCCAGAGGAGCACUAUAAAACCAGAGGGCACCUGGAAAAAGGAGGAGGAAAGGAGACAGAAGAUGGAGCAAAGGGAAAAUGAAAAUGUUGGCAUUGUGUGUCUCUGCAAACCACAUGACAUUAAAUUAGUAUGAUUCAUACUACCUAUUAUUUAGAUGUUUCUUUAGUGACGGGAAUCGAGUGUUCCUUUUUCCCCUUGCAAACAUUUAGCACAAAUUUGGAGCGUUAUUUGAUCCCCUUUCCAACAAGAUAGCUUUACAUGGUUAGCACUAAUGGAUGCCUUAGGUCCUCUAGUUUAAUAUGAUACACGUCUUCACCGUAGCUUUAAAAUUGAGCCCAACUGAGCAAGUUUUCUCACCGUCAUACCUGCUGCUUCUUCAUGGUUUUUUUGCCAGCCAUGUGGCCUCUUUCCUCCUUCCAUUUCCCACCUCUCUUUGCACCCUGACGUUUCUAUUAGGGGUCCCUAAUUUUUCUUAAGGCAUUCUGACUUAGCGAAACAAGCAGCAGUCCGCCUCACAUUUUUACAUCAUCAGUAUCAGAUGAAAAUACACGUAUUUAUCAUGCAAAUAUGUAUAAUGUAAAUCACAUACUAUCAUUGAUUUACUGUAAGUCAGUAAAUUGUUGUACUUGACCCCAUGACCGUGGACCUUUUCAUGGGCCCCCCUUGUCCAUGGGCUGGAGUCAUCUGUGCCCUUUGACCCCCCUUACAGCAGGCCUGGAUGGUGUGACACCUAGGUGUGAUGGCUGCCAAGCUGCAGGCCGUCGUUUGAGUCCUACAGACAACAAAAUGGGUUGUUGUUUUUUUAACGAUCUGCAGCAUUUCCAGCCAUUAUAAGGCCACCAGCACCGGUUGAUUUUAGUGACACAUGGGAGGCAUUUCCUGUCAUGAAGGUGCCACCAAAACUGGCAUCUUUUUAGUGCAACAUUGGCAGCAUUUCCAGCUGUGAUUCUUUCAAUAUAUCUGCUACAUAGUAACGUGCAAAUGUUAUAUAUCUGGGGUUUUCAGAAAUGUACAAUGCCAACAUUUAUUCUGGUGAGUCGAAGAAAAGAGGAAAACACAGCCUUGUUAAACCCACAGUAUUUUAUUUGGGAUAUAUGUGAUUCUUUUGUUUCCAAAGUUCUGUAAAAAUGACUCUUAAACUUCUUGAUAUGUGACUUCUCCUGAGUGACAAAGUGCCUUUGCGAACACAGGACUUUGAGAUAAUCUCACCUGCAGAAUACAGAGUAUACGUAUAUAUUUCCAACACAUUUCCCUGUGCACAGAGCUGGUCCUGGACUCCUCACUGUAAUUAUGAAAUGGACUUCAAACAAAAUGUGCUAUGGAACUGCUCAUCCAUGUUUUGGGGAGAUAAUGAGGGAACAUUAUUCCUUUCUUCCCCGCUGUCCCUUCUGUUGAAUUUACACAAACUUUGUUUGUUGUUUGGUUACGUUGGAAGCCUUUCAACCACAAAGCUUUGUCUUCCAGCAACACAAUGAGCUAUUUGUGAUUCAAAUGAAUGCCUUUGUUUCCUGCGAAUGUUUUUACAUGGAAAGUAAUUCUUGAAGUAGUUAACUGUUUGACAGCUUUCAGCCCUAAAGGUGUGACAGUUAAUUUUAUGGAGGAAAUAAAUGAUUUGAAA